GUGGGCCUGGGAGAGAAGUCUCACCGAAGGGGUGGGAACAGAUGUGAUUGGUUCCAGCCUUGCGCUGGCUCCCCGUGGAGCCUUGAGUGAGUCACUACCCUCUCUGGCCCCAGCUUCCCCAUCUCUGUUUCGUUAGGCUGUCUUCAUCCCCGCCCUGGAUCUUCUGCAGCUUUAAAAAAAUCCCAACACCCGGUUCCUCCGGAGACACUGAUACAGGCUGUGGCAGGACCCAGGCCUCAGCAACGUUUUGGUGCUCCCCGGGUGAGGCCAGUGUGUAGCCUCUGUUGUAUAAGGUCUUGCUACUCAAAGUGUGGUCCACCGGCCAAGAAAUGCAGACUCAGAGCCUUUACCCUCGACCUCCUGAAGUCAGAACUUUAACAAGCGCCCCAGGUGAUUCAUGCACAAAUCACAGUUCAGAGUGGGACUAACUGCUGUGGGAUCUGAGGCUCCCGGCUGUGGUCCCGACACCAACAGCUCCCAGAGAGAUGCUGGGGGUUUUCUCCUACCAGCACCUGCCCGGCGGGGGCCAGCCGAUGCUCUAGGUGAGGACCCUUCUGCCUGCAGUGGAGACCCUGGCCCACCAGCCCAACUGCCUUUCUUCCUGUGGAUAUUUCAGGAGACAGACUUCGGGUGGGAUGAGGGCAGAGUCUCCCGAAAACUCAGAGCAUCAUUAGAAGCCCUUGGAGUACGUUGCAGUCAGCCCUUGUACGGAGGCCAAGAGAGAGGAAGGCCUUGCCUAGGAUUACAUAGCAAGUUGGUGGUAGGGCAGGGACACAGAGGCAGUCCUCCAACCCCAGGCCAGGGCUCUUCCCAAUCUCCAACAAAGCUCUCUCUUCAGCCUAGAUACACUCCUGGGCAGGAGUCCCUAUCUCGGCUCACUGGAAAGGAGGUGGCUGAUAGAUGGUACAGUGAAAUCAAGAACUACAACUUCCAGCAGCCCGGCUUCACUUCUGGGACUGGACACUUCACGGCCAUGGUGUGGAAGAAUACGAAGAAGAUGGGAGUGGGGAAGGCAUCUGCAAGCGACGGGUCUUCCUUCGUGGUGGCCCGAUACUUCCCGGCAGGGAAUGUCGUCAACCAGGGCUUCUUUGAAGAAAAUGUCCUGCCUCCAAAGAAGUAAUUCAUUAAACGUAAUGGGAAGGUGGCAGACUGAGCGUGGAUACGAAGUUCCUAGAACAACAAAAACUCAGCGGUGUGUCUGUCCCUGUGGGUGUACGUGCUUGGUGUGUGUGUGUGAUGCAUGUGUGAGUGUCUCUUGCACCACACGCUUGGAUAUACGGUUAUGCAUGAACUUAUUCUUAUCAAAGGAAGGAGCAAAUGAAGCCUUUAUCCUAAUGGUUACCUAGACCACAAUAAUUUGGACUUCAGGGGAAAAAAAAUCAACUUUAAAACGUUUGGUUGUUUUUUUUUUUUUUAAGCAAACUUUUUUUUUGUAUAUUUCUUAUAAUAUCCAUCCCUGGUCUUUUUCUAUUCCAAAUGUUUGCGAUGCUUAGAAGUGAAGUUCAUUUUGUGUGAUCUUCUUGCAUUGUAAUCUACUUUUGGUAGAUACUUAGGAAUAUUAAACUCGCGUGUAAAUGUAACAUAAAACAGCUUUAAACACAUAAACAUAAAGCAGCUUCCAUCGGAAACAUGGGGCAGGCAGCAACUCCAUUUCACAGCAUCGUUGGGAUUUCUCCGUUGUAAGACAUGAUGUCAUCUGCGUGCCUCCUGGAAUUCUCUGAUGGGAAUGCCAAAGAACAAAUGGAGAGAAAAGUUUUACUUCUUUGCAUUUUCUACCUUUAAAUAGCAGACUAGCGCCACUACCACCACCCUUGCCCCCUCCCACUUUUUUUCUUAAAAUCCUCUGGCAUUGAAGAGCUCAGUAUGUGCCUUCUGGUUUCUAAGGCCUUGGGUCAGGCCCGAAGCUGCCCCCUCCCCCACCCCGGCCAGGUGGCCCAGGGCCUGUUCUGGGAGAAAGCCCCUCACAAGGCCUGGGCUCGCGGCCAAGCAUCCAACAGAUGAAGUCAGUGCGCGUGGGGGUGAGUGUGAGCUCACCAGGGCCCCCAGAGGAAGCCCUCCAGCCUCUGCCCUCCCCUCACACACAGGGCGGGAGCCGGGCCUGUUCCUGGCGGCUGUGGCUGCAGCUGUGCUGGCGGCCCCUCCAGGAAUGUGUGACAGGCCCAAGCGUUCCAGGGAGAUAUCCCGGGUGGGGGGUUAGAAUGGCCAAUUGGCUUCUGUGUUUUGCCUCAAACUACACAAAGUUCCCCUGAAUAACAAUUUCACAUGGUCCAUGUGGGAAGAACCAACCCAGAUGCCAGGCUGAGUGGCGUGAAACUGGCAUCUCCGAGUCCUAAGAUAGCAAGGGUGGGAGUUGGAAGGCUGCCGGCUUAAAGACAGAUGUCUGAGCAGGCCAGUCAGGAAACGUGCUUCCUGAAGGUCUGUGUUACACUGUGAACACAGCCUCAUGCUGUGCCCUUCGUUUCACCCAGGGAUGUUGACUAAGACAACAAUAAAAUCUUUUUCUUUGGUGUAA